UCUGCCAUCCCCACCCUGCUGGUCUCAGGAUGUCCUCCAGACUGGUGGCUGACAAGGACCAUUAGAAACCCAGAGCAGCGUCUGUCCGAUGGGGCUGCCUCUCCACCCCUCUCUGCACACCUUUGCUGUGGGGGGAGAAGGGGAGCAGAGUAGCAUGAGAAGUGCAAAAUGUUUCAAAUCCCUGUUCAGAACCUUGACAAUAUCAGGAAGGCUCGAAAAAAGGUGAAGGGCAUCCUGGUGGAGCUUGGGCUUGACAGCUGCAGGGAGCUGCUGCAGAGUCUGAGAAGCUUUGACCCAGGGGAAGAACACUUCUGCAACACUUCAUGGCGUGAUGUCUCUCCUUGGGAGUCGGUGGGCAAGAGGAAGAGGUACAGAACAAAGCCCUACUGCUGCAGCUUGUGCAAGUUCUCCUCCAAACUGCUCACCUCCUUCAGGAACCACUUGCACCGUUACCAUGAGGAUGAAAUGGACCAAGAGCUGGUGGUUCCUUGCCCAAAGUGUGCAUUUGCUUCUGACCCCAAAGUAGUGGGGAAGCACAUCCGGAUGUUCCACUCCAGCAAGAGGAUCCAGAGCUACACAGUCAGCAUCCUGGAUGGCAUGAAACAGGUGCGCAGCGACACCAUAAACUUCACCUGCCUGAAAUGCCACUUCACAGACACCCUGUACUACAACAUGAAGAAGCAUGUGCUGAUGAGCCACUUCCAGAGCCUGAUCAGUUCCUACUUUGGCCAGAAGGCCGAGGAGGGCGGCGAGGAUGCUGCCGAGCACUACUGCAAGAAGUGCAACGCCUGUGCCAGCAGCCAGGACUCCCUCAUGUACCACGUCCUGACUGCUGAGACGCACCGAGACCUGGAGAACAAGCUCAGGUCUGUCAUCUCGGAGCACAUCAAGAAGCCAGGGCUGGUGAAGCAGAUGCACAUCGCCCCAAAGCCUCUGCAGGCCGUGGCAGCUCCUCCAGCAGCCACGGGGCCCCCCGCAGCCCCAGCAGGCUCCGUCCCACCGCCUGCUUGCAUCCAGCUCAGCUUCCCACAGAGCAACCCCAGCCAGAACGUGGUGCAGCCAAAUUCAGUCAGGCCACUGCCUGUCCCAAGUGCCUCUGGUAGCCUUCCACACACCACCUCCGCCCCGGCUGUCACCCCCUCGCACGUCGCUCUUGUCUCCAGCAACCUUCCCGCAGGCCAGACCAGCAUCGGCAUCCAGCCCUCACCUCCCCAGCCCAUCCUUGUCUCCCAUAGCCUGCCCCUCAGCCAGCCCCUGGGGGCUGGAGCUCUUCCUCUCAACCCCUCUGUUGGGGCUGUCAGCAGAACUGUGGCCCCUGCAGUGCUGCCUCUCAGCCAGCCUGUCAGGCCUGGGCUCUUCCCUGUCAGUCAGCCCCUUGGCCCCAUCAGUGGUCCUGUCACGGCCGGGACGCUGCCCAUGACUCAGCCAGUCAGCCCUGUGAACCCCCCGGGGGCUCCAGGGGUGCUGUCUGUAACCCCCCCGGGGGCUCCAGGGGUGCUGUCUGUAACCCCCCCGGGGGCUCCAGGGGUGCUGUCUGUAACCCCCCCGGGGGCUCCAGGGGUGCUGUCUGUGAACCCCCCGGGGGCUCCAGGGGUGCUGUCUGUGAACCCCCCGGGGGCUCCAGGGGUGCUGUCUGUGAACCAGUCUCUGGGUGCCGUGAACAGACCCCUGGGCCCCAGGGUGGUGCCUGCGGCACAGCCUGUGGGGCCGGGGGUGGUGCAGCUGGGGCAGGCGGUGGGCCCGGGGGUGGUGCCGGUCAGGCAGCCUGUCAGGCCAGGGUUCCUGCAGCUCAACCAGCCGGUGGCGCCGGCGGUCAUCCCGGUGCCCCAACCGGUGCCACCUGCAGCCUCACAGGGCACAGCCUUCCUGACCACUGGCUCCAUCCUCCGGCAGCUGAUCCCCACUGGCAAGCAGGUCAAUGGGAUCCCCACCUACACCCUGGCCCCGCUCUCGGUCACCCUGCCUGUACCCACGGGGGGUGGACUGGCGACGGUGGCACCCCCGCAGGUGCCCAUCCAGCUGAUGCAGCCCGGGCCUGUGGCUCAGCUGUCCCAGUCCCCGGCCGGCGCCCCCUCCCCUCCCGUGGUGCUGGCUCCCCAGAACAUCUCCCUGCAGGGCUCUCCCCCCGGCCCCGAGAGCAGCCAGGCUGUCAGGCAGGCCAAGCAGUGGAAGACCUGCCCGGUGUGCAACGAGCUGUUCCCAUCCAACGUCUACCAGGUGCACAUGGAGGUGGCCCACAGGCAGGGUGAGGUGAAGGCAGAGGGGGCUCUGGAGCCCGAGAAGCUGGCGGCCUGCGCGCCCUUCCUGCGCUGGAUGACAGAGAAGACGGUGAGGUGCUUCUCCUGCCAGUGCUUCCUCUGCGAGGAGGAGCUGAUCAGGCACCUCCUGAUGCAUGGCCUGGCCUGCUUGUUUUGCACAGUCACUUUCCACGACUUGAAGAGCUUUGUGGAGCACAACAAAGCCACCCAUAACGGGAAGAAGCAGCUCCACGCAGACUACAGCAACAGAGGCUUCCAGCUGGGGAAGGAUGCUCAGGGGGACCUCGUGUUCCCACACUUUGAUUUCAGCACCCUGCUGCCCCAGGAGGACAUCGAUAGGGAGGUGCACCUGGCCGUGCUCGCUGGACUCACGUCCAGGACGCUCAUCCCUCUCUACAUCAAGGUGAAGCCCCAGGCGGAGGAGGCGAGGACCAGGUAUGGCAAGGUGUCCACCUGUCCCUUUUGCUUCAGCACCUUCGUCAAAGAAGAGAACUACCAGCGGCACCUGAAGGAGCGGCACCACAUCAUGCCCACGGUGCACACCAUCCUCAAGACCCCUGCCUUCAAGUGCAUCCACUGCUGUGGUGUCUACACUGGAAACAUGACCCUGACGGCCAUCGCUGUGCACCUGCUGCGCUGCCGCAGCGCCCCCAAGAGCAGCCUCAGGAUGGAGAGGAAGGAGCUGCUGCUCAUCAACGGCGAGAAGCAGGACGCUGCGGUGCUGAAGAGGAAGCAGUUGGACUCCUGCUUGGCUGCGGAAGACCAAAGGAGCAAGGAGCAGCUGAGCCUCGGCAGUGCUGCAGGGGAGGUGACCGCGGGGAUUGUGCCUUUCAAACGCCAGAAGGUUGGCGGCAGGGCAGAGGUGAAGAAGCUGCCUGGCGACGACCUUCGCUUCCUGGCUGUGGACCCUAAGGAGUACGACCACAACUCCUAUGAGGCUCAGAAACAGUUCUUGAUAGACUACUUCCACAAGAGGCCAUACCCUUCCAAGAAGGAGAUGGAGCUGCUCUCCUUGCUGCUGUGCGCCUGGAAGAUCGACGUGGCCUCCUUCUUUGGCAGGAAGAGGAAUGUCUGCCUGAAGGCCAUCAACAGGCAGAGGCCGUCCGUGCUGCUGGGCUUCAGCAUGUCUGAGCUGAAGAACAUCAAGCACAGGCUGAGCAUCAGAGAUGACCCUGUGGAGGUCUGACUGAGUCCCCCAGUGUGGUGCCAGGCACCCCACGGCUGCUCCCGC